AUCAAUCCAGUAAUACUAAUAAAUAUAAUAUAGCUUUGCUUCAAUUAGAAUCUAUUUUACUUCGAAAUAGAAUGUCCCUCCAAAAUUUUCCUAAUAUGCUUAUUCCAACACCAUUAUCUCAAUACCAUAUUCACCAUAAUCAUUUGAUUGAAGAAGAAUUACAAUAUAAUGUUCCUUUACUUGAACCACCUGCAUCCAUUGAAGAAGUAUUCGUCAAAUUUAAUGAAGAAUCUAAUGAAGAAACAUGCCCAAUUAUGGACCAUAAUUUAUA